UCACAAUGGGCUGGUUCAGGAGCCUCCUGUUUUUUGACAGGUGAGAUGAGUAGAGUUCACGAAAACCGAAAGGUUUACCAAUCUAUUACAGUUCAUGGGCAAUAAGGGAAGCUUUCAGGCUUUUCUUUUUCUAUUUAAGCAUGAAGAUAAGCAGACCCUUUUGAUUCUAAUCUACAAUGUCGAAUAUGAAGAGGAGAGUAGGCGAAGCAGCUUGCUAGCCAGCCAUCGACCCCAGCAAGCUAGCUAACAUACGGAGUAUUUGUAGUCUUGGGACGACAGCCAUCGCCGGUGUACUCUUGCCAGCUAGUCUUGGGAUGCUGCUAAGCUUGGGGCUUCCUGCAUGAUGUGUUACCGUGGUGACAACGGAGAACACCCAUCCCCCUCUCCCUUCCCCUGGGCCGCCGCCCCUCCCACCCCCCCCUCCCCCUAAAGCAGUCCUGACCUCACCAAGAUGCCGGACAGAAAGGAGCCGCCUAUCUAUAACGACGACAGUGUGGGGACCUUCCAGUACAAGUUGCCGUUCUACGAGACCAUGGAGCUGUUCAUCGAAACUUUGACGGGGACCUGCUUUGAGCUGCGUGUCUCGCCCAUCGAGACUGUCAUCUCUGUCAAGGCCAAGAUCCAGAGGCUGGAAGGUAUCCCUGUUGCCCAGCAACACCUGAUCUGGAACAACUUGGAGCUGGAGGAUGAGUACUGUCUGCAUGAUUACAGUAUUGCUGAGGGCUGUACUCUGAAGCUGGUGCUAGCCAUGAGAGGAGGACCAAUCAACACCAGGAGAGUGCCUGUUGAGGACCCAGUGAAGGAUAUGGUGGAGGUAAUGGAGGGAGGCAGGGAGGAGGGCUGGGAUAAGAGUCUGCCUGGCAGCAAGCAGGUCACUUUUCUGGUGUACCGAGAGGGAGACCAGCUCAGCUUCUUCCGGGUUGUCGACCGAGGGGACGGAACUCUGACCCCUGUCUCAGAAUCACUCAGUGGUGGCUCAGUGUUCAACAUGUACACAGAGGAGGACGACGACGACGACGAGACAGGGGGCUUGGCUCUGGGACAGCCAUCCCUGGAGAACUCUAUCACCAUGAACAAGAUGAAGCUGCUCAAAGCCAAGAUGGAGGACAUGAACAUCAACAAGAAGCCUAAGAGGUCUGCCAAGUUGAAACCUCUGUCACCUGUCAGUGCCCGUCCCUGCAGCAACUUUCUGGGGCUCCCCAGACACCACCGCCUCUUCCGUGUCCUGCCCCACAUCAACCAAUCCCACCACUCCACCUCAUACUUACCUCCAAUCAGGGACCAGGGAUCCGCAAAUCCCUCUACUCCCGUUGCUACUACCUCUGCCACCCACCUGUCAAUCAGCGGCCAGGCGCCGCCCUAUUUCUCUUCCUCGUCCUGUUACAUGCUUCAGGAAGAGGAGCCAUGGGAGACCAGCCCCAAGUCGAUCCGGCCCCCUCCUAAAGUGUCCCGAUUGGACAUCGGCAGCACCAGGCUCAUGAGGGACUGUGUGUAUCCGCAGCUCCCCGCACUCCCCAGCAGGGGGCAGGCUGAGGGGACAGUGGAGCUGCCUGACUCCAGAGGAGAGGCACUGGGGCUGGAGUUGCUGGAGGAGGUUGCAAGCCUGCUGGAGCCCACACCGCCUGGAGCUCUGUACGGAAACCUGCUCACAGACCCCCUCAUCCUGGACAUCUCUACCCAGCCAGAGGAGGGUUUGGGUGGGUUGGAUGGGCUAGGAGCCCUGGGGUUUGGAGCAGAGCACCAGCUCUCCUCCACCCCCUCUCUCCUCUCCCAAGCUGAGGGGAUGAACUCUUUAAACAACUGGGCUAUGGGUGGUUCUGAUAGGUUAGCCUGCAAAGGUCAGAGGACACAGUUACUAGGCAACACCCUUGAUAAUUUACCCGACUCUCCUUCCCCCUCUUCAUCUUCCCCCUCUUCAUCAUCCCCCUCUAGUAGAUGGAAACUACCACAACCCUUUGAAUUCACAGGCUCAGUAACGCCAACCCUACAAUCCAAUCCCCCCUCCUCCCGCUCCACCACUCUCUUCUCCCCUGCUCCAUCUCUCCCCUCCUCUCUUCCACAUGGCUCUCAUCUGCGAGGAAUCAAGAUGGACUCCCCAGGCAGGCGGCCGGAGAUGAUGAGUAAAAGUGAGGCACGGGGCAUCACCAAGCUGGCCAACCAGGCCUGUAUGAACCCUCUCGAGUCCCUCAGCAACACAGAGCUCCUGGCCUCCCUGUCCUCUUCCUCCAGGACCCCAGUCAGCAGUAGCAGGGAAGGCCUGGGACAGAGCCUGGGAUUUGGGUUGGAGCUGCCCGCUGUUGGGGCCUCCAGGCUGGGCAUGCUAGGCUCUACGGCCCCCUCCCUACAAGCCAACAUCCAGCUGCUCCAGGAGGACCUUAUCCGACGGAUGUCCCCACUAUACAGAGCGACCGCCUCUUACAUGGCACCCAACAGCCUGGGAUCAGCUGGAGGCUCCAGUUCAAUAAGGAGACCAGGCCCCCCUGCAUAUCACCUGCCUUCAGUCAAGGUUCCACUGGCAAAGAAGAAGAAGAAAUCUAAACACUGCUUCCUCUGUGGCAAGAAGACUGGUCUGGCCACCAGCUACGAGUGCAGGUGUGGUAAUAACUUCUGCGCCACCCACCGCUAUGCAGAGACCCAUGACUGCACGUACAACUACAAGAGCGCCGGACGCCGCUUCCUCCAGGAAACCAACCCCAUCGUCAACGCUCCCAAGCUGCCCAAGAUCUGAGCCCCUCCCCAUGUCCCCCCUCUAUCCCUGCACUCCUCUUUCCUCUUUGGGAUGAAGAGAGAGAAAAUAACAGAUGUACCUGAAUGAUUUAAAAA